ACAAAAGAACCUUCAAAGUGCUAAAUGCGGAUAUACUGUCCGCUUUACAUUACCACCAUUUCUCUCCGGAUGAAAGAAAAGGGGGGAAGAAACGUGGCCAGCAAGUCAAUCAGCCCUCGUGAAUAGCGAGAGCCAUGUGAGCGUCUUCUGACCGCAGUUGAAAGUGGGAGUGCGCAGCUAUAUACGCAGGCUCUCCAGGAGGCGAUCAUCCAAGAGGCGACCAUCCAGGCACCGCUACAGCACGGCAGCAGGCAACCGGGGACUAACGCCGCCGGCAUCGGACUUACAGCCUUUCGCCAUUUACACGUCGCCUUGCAUUUCUUAUUGCUAUCACACCAGCACAUAGGGUGCCGUUUUGCUGUGGUGCCAUCGCACAGCACAGGAAUCGUUUCGCUAAAGAAAUCCGCCAGCGUACACCAUGGCAGCGCUGACAGGGGGAGAUAAAUGCAUCAAAUACCUGCUGUUCACCUUCAAUUUCAUCUUCUGGCUUGCAGGAACAGCAGUUCUGGCCAUCGGGCUGUGGCUGCGCUUCGAUCCCAGGACCAAGAGCCUUUUUGAAGGGGAGGACUCUCCCUCCGUAUUCUUCACAGGUAAGAGGCGUGUUCCCUCCAGAUCAGGUGUUUGUGUUGUAACCAUGGGAACAGGGUUCACGCUGCCGUUAUCUGAAAAUUUGCCCAAGGGAGAGACGAACACCUCUGUGGACAAAGAGGGAGUUGCCAUUUACACCAACCAAAGAGAGACCCGUCUCAGCUCUCUGAACUGCUGUGGGGCAUCCAGUCCAUCACCUGAUUGGAUGAAGGACACCUGCCCAAAAAAGGAAGGCCUAGAGCAGUACAUUACCACGAGUUGCCCCAGCGCCAUCACGGACAUCUUCAAUUCCAAGCUGCACAUCAUCGGUGGCGUAGGGAUCGGCAUUGGAGUGAUCAUGAUCUUUGGAAUGAUCUUCAGCAUGAUGCUCUGUUGCGCCAUCAAGAGGUCUCAGGAAGUGGUGUAGCGACUGCGCCGCCUCUGUCCAGGAGUCAGGCCUCACUGUUAAUUUAUAUCACGUCUGUCCUGAGAUCUCAGCUUUCAUUGCCCGUGUAAUUUCUAAUGUAAUAUUGAAGAGCCACCCAAAAAUGUAUAAAACGCACCCAAUAUCUAAUGACAGAAUCCGUACUAGAUGGACAUUGUGUGAAGCCGUUUAUCACAGACAUUUAUUGCACACGCAUACACAAACACAUACAUUAAAUGCUACAGAAUUAAUGCAUUUUGUAAUUAGUGAUCUGAAGGUGGCUUGUUUUCGGAAUGUUAAUUGUCUCCCCUUUAGACAGGGGAAGCCUUGAAAUUUGUUUUCCUGAUUUUUGUAUUUUUAACAGGUUUUUAAUGUAAUCAUUUGUUCUGCGGUAUGCUACUUGUGGAUGUAUUUUUUUCAUAUGCUAAAAUUAAUAUUGACUUUUGUAAAGCUUCAGUUUGAGUAACCUGAUUUAUAAAGAAUUGAUUUUUAUGUACCUAUUUCAUUGAACACUGGUGUAACAUUUAAAAAUGCCAAAUAAAAUUAAUAACCAGUUCA